CAAAACGGCUUUAAAAAUAACAUUUUAAAAAUAUAUAUGAAUAUUUGGUAGGAUUAAGGGGGGCGGGGGAGGGGGCGCGCCGGUGAUUUUCCCGAGACCGCUUCCAAACUACUUCCAAAACGAAGAAGAAAAAACAAAACAAAACACAGAAAAUAUUUUUUUUUUUUUUCUUUCUUUCUCCCCAACAACAAGGACUAACAGAAGUGCCGAGACGAGAAGUUUCUAAAAGGUUUCUGAUUGGCUGAGCGGCGGUGGGAUCAGGGCGCCAGCUUCGAAUUCGGGACAAUGAGUGAACUGGAGCAGCUUCGCCAAGAGGCAGAGCAACUGCGAAACCAGAUCCGGGAUGCCAGGAAAGCAUGUGGAGACUCCACUUUGACCCAGAUCACGGCUGGUUUGGACCCCGUGGGCAGAAUUCAGAUGAGAACACGACGCACCCUAAGGGGUCACCUGGCCAAAAUCUACGCCAUGCACUGGGGAACAGACUCCAGGUUGUUAGUCAGUGCCUCUCAGGAUGGUAAGCUAAUCAUCUGGGACAGCCAUACCACAAAUAAGGUCCACGCAAUCCCUCUGCGGUCGUCGUGGGUGAUGACGUGUGCGUACGCCCCCUCGGGCAACUAUGUGGCGUGUGGAGGACUGGAUAACAUCUGCUCCAUCUACAGCCUGAAGACCAGGGAGGGCAAUGUGAGGGUGAGCAGGGAGCUCCCGGGACAUACAGGGUAUCUGUCUUGCUGUCGUUUCCUGGAUGACAAUCAAAUCAUUACCAGCUCGGGGGACACUACCUGUGCGCUGUGGGACAUCGAGACAGGCCAGCAGAGCACCACGUUCACAGGGCACAGUGGGGACGUCAUGAGCCUGUCCCUGUCCCCCGACUUCAAGACCUUCAUCUCGGGGGCUUGCGACGCCUCCAUCAAACUCUGGGACAUUCGGGACAGCAUGUGCCGUCAGACCUUCACCGGACACGAGUCAGACAUCAACGCAGUCUGCUUCUUCCCGAACGGGAGCGCGUUUGCGACGGGCUCGGACGACGCCACGUGCCGCCUGUUUGACCUGCGCGCCGAUCAGGAGCUCAUGAUGUACUCCCACGACAACAUCAUCUGCGGGAUCACGUCCGUCUCCUUCUCCAAGAGCGGCCGCCUGCUGCUGGCAGGAUACGACGACUUCAACUGCAACCUGUGGGACUGCAUGAAGGGGGACCGCGCCGGGGUGCUGGCCGGUCACGACAACAGAGUCAGCUGUUUGGGGGUCACUGAUGAUGGGAUGGCUGUGGCUACUGGAUCGUGGGACAGUUUUCUGAAAAUCUGGAAUUAAGAAAGGAAGAGGCGGGGCGUGCGAAUGCACACACACAGACACACGCGUGCACACACA